GGAGCGAGCGCAAUUCAAGUUCUUGAGGCUGUCCCGGGAAUCCAACGGCCAUGGAGUUCUCCAGAGGUUUGGCGGAAGCCAAGAACUUGAGUCCUCAACAGACUGCUGAUUAUCUCAGAUAUAUAAAAGAAGCCAAAGAAGCAACUAAAAAUGGAGAUUUGGAAGAAGCAUUGAAACUUUUCAAUUUGGCAAAGGACAUCUGUCCCACCCAAAAGGUGAUGAGUAGAAUCCAGAAACUACAGGAAGCUUUGGAGCAGUUGGCGGAAGAAGGUGAUGACUUCACAGAUGUGUGCAACUCUGGCCUGCUCCUUUAUCGAGAACUACACAAGCAACUCUUUGAGCACCAAAAGGAAGGCAUAGCCUUUCUGUAUGGUCUGUAUAAGGAUGGACGAAAGGGGGGUAUUUUGGCAGAUGAUAUGGGGUUGGGGAAGACUGUUCAAAUUAUUGCUUUUCUAUCUGGUAUGUUUGAUGCUUCACUUGUGAAUCACGUGCUAUUGAUCAUGCCAACCAAUCUCAUUAGCACGUGGAUCAAAGAAUUUUCCAAGUGGACUCCUGGAAUGAGAGUCAAAACCUUUCAUGGCCCUAGCAAAGAUGAGCGUACCAGAAACCUGAGACGGAUUCAGGAUAGGAAUGGUGUCAUUAUCACCACCUACCAAAUGUUAAUCAAUAAUUGGCAACAACUUUCAAGUUUUAAGGACCAAAAGUUUGUGUGGGACUAUGUCAUCCUUGAUGAAGCACAUAAAAUCAAAAGCUCAUCUACAAAGUCAGCAAUCUGUGCUCGUGCCAUCCCUGCAAGCAAUCGUCUCCUCCUUACAGGAACCCCAAUCCAGAAUAAUCUGCAAGAACUUUGGUCCUUAUUUGAUUUUGCUUGCCAAGGGUCCUUGCUAGGAACAUUAAAAACUUUCAAAAUGGAGUACGAAAAUCCCAUCAUUAGAGCAAGAGAGAAGGAUGCUACUCCAGGGGAAAAAGCCUUGGGAUUUAAGAUAUCUGAAAACUUAAUGGAGAUCAUAAAACCUUAUUUUCUCAGGAGGACUAAAGAAGAAGUACAGAAGAAACAGUCAGACAACCCAGAAGUUGGACCUAGUGAAAAGAGUCCAGGUGUUGUUGUUAGCUGUGAAAUGCCUUCCCUUACCAGGAAAAAUGAUUUCAUCAUUUGGAUACGCCUUGUUCCUUUACAAGAGGAAAUUUACAGGAAGUUCGUGUCUCUAGAUCACAUCAAGGAGUUGUUAAUGGAGACCCGCUCACCUCUGGCUGAACUAGGUGUCUUAAAGAAGCUUUGUGAUCAUCCUAGGCUGCUAUCUGCACGAGCUUGCCAGCUGCUAAAUCUAGGGACUGUCAAAUUCUCUGCUCAAGAUGAAAGUGAGGAGGAAGAUUCCUCAACUAUGAAUAGCAUUGAUCAUAUAUCUGAUGAUAGACUGAUGGAAGAAUCUGGAAAGAUGAUCUUCUUAAUGGCCCUGCUAAAGAGACUUAAAUAUGAAGGACAUCAAACUCUGGUGUUCUCCCAAUCAAGACAAAUUCUCAACAUCAUUGAACGCCUCUUAAAGAAUAGGCACUUUAAGACACUGAGAAUUGAUGGUACAAUUACCCACCUUUGGGAACGUGAAAAAAGAAUUCAGUUAUUCCAGCAAAAUAAAGAAUACUCUGUCUUUCUGCUUACAACUCAAGUAGGUGGUGUUGGCCUAACGUUAACUGCUGCAACUAGAGUGAUCAUUUUUGAUCCCAGCUGGAAUCCUGCCACUGAUGCUCAGGCUGUGGAUAGAGUUUACCGAAUUGGACAAAAAGAGAAUGUUGUGGUUUAUAGGCUAAUCACUUGUGGGACUGUAGAGGAAAAAAUAUACAGAAGACAAGUUUUCAAGGACUCAUUAAUCCGACAGACUACUGGUGAUAAAAAGAACCCAUUUCGCUAUUUCAGUAAACAAGAAUUAAGAGAGCUCUUCACAAUUGAGGAUUUUCAGAACUCUGCAACCCAAUUACAGCUUCAGUGUCUGCAUGCUGCUCAGAGAAGAUCUGAUGAGGAACUAGAUGACCAUAUUGCUUAUCUGCACUCUGUGGGCAUAGCAGGAAUCUCAGACCAUGAUUUGAUGUACACACAUGAUCUCUCUGUUAAAGAAGAGCUUAAUGUGAUAGAAGAAUCUCAGUAUAUUCAACAGAGAGUUCAGAAAGCUCAAUUCCUUGUUGAAUUUGAGUCUCACAAUAAAAUGGAAAGACCAGAAACUGGAAAUGAGGAGGCCUGGCUUAGAGCAUCUGUACUCCCUUCUCAAGUAAAGAAAUGCCCUGAAGUGAAGAAGCCAGAGCAUCAGCCUUUACCUCUCAUAACUUCUCAUCUUACCCAGGAAGAAGAUAUCAGUUUUCAAAUGGCAAAUGUAAGCAUUGAUAAUCAGUCCAGAGUGAGUGAGUCACAAGAUCUCCCCAGGGUAGAGAUGAGUGGUGCUGUGCCGGAAGAUGUUAGGCACCAACAUGAAAAUAUAUUUGAUGCUGAUUCUGUAACUGGACCCAAGGGGGUUGAAAGUGUAGGAGGAAUUUGGACUGACUCUUCAUUGGGAACAGCAAACAUGUUUGCAACUGAAAAUGAAACCAUGCAAAAGAAGGCAUUACAAGAGGCACCUAAACAAGCAGAUGUACAAGAGAACCUCCUGGGAAGUUUCAGUUAUUUACCUAGCCCAGGAAAAGCUCAUCUUGGACCAAAUCUAGAUCUACAGGAUGAUGAGAGUUUAUAUCAUUGCAAUCCUCAGCCCAUUAAUCUUAUAGAUGAUGCUGAAAACAUAGAAUCAAAUGUGUCUGUUACUGAAAUAGCUGAUAACUUGUCAGCAUCCCAUAGUGCACUGCAGGGUGCUCAGGCAAAUGAGGCCAAGUUACAGGAGGGUGUUUCAGCAUCUUCAGUGCAGUAUGCAUGUGAUUUCAAUCUUUUCCUGGAAGACUCUGCAGACAGUAGAUACAAUCUCUGUGGCCAGUCUUUGGAGCAUGUUGAGAACGAAAACAUCUUGAGUGGCUCGGCAGCUAAUCUCAGAGCAGAGUCAGUGCAUAAUCUGAGUUUGGAUUCUUCUAAGAAUGAUGAACCAGAAGAAGUAGUUAGCAUUAAAAAUAGAAACAAAGCUAGAAGGAUUGUCUCAGAUGAUGAAGAUGAGGAUGAUUCAUGUAAAGAUAUGUCUGGCCCAAGUUCAUUCAGCAUAUCUCCCUUUCUAUUCUCAUCUCUGAAACAAUUUGAUGCUUCAACUCCAAAAGAUGAUACCAGUCCAUCUGGAAGGUUCUUCUCACCUAAACUAGCUGACAUUGUAAGUAAGUCUGUGAACUCUAGGAGAUCUCUGGCCUCUAGGAGGUCUCUGAUCAAUGUGGUCUUAGACCACAUAGAAGAUUUGGAAGAAAAGCUUGAUGAUAGCAGCGAAGCAGAGUCUACUCAAGAUCAUUCGGAGGAGGAAGAGAGCAGUGAUGAAGCUGCAGAGCACACACAGGAGGAGCCCUCUGGAGAAAUACCGACUUCAGAAAGCAAGCCCAGAAGCCCAACUAUGUCUGAGCCUAGUCUUCAGGCCCUACAGGCCUCCCCUGAUGCCCCUGAAGUUUUGUCCAGUGAGCCUUUGGUUGAUUCUCCCCAGGAUAAGGCAGCAGAGGCUGCCACUGACUAUGAGACUCUUGUAGCUCGUGGCAAAGAACUGAAAGAAUGUGGAAAGAUACAGGAGGCUCUAAGCUGCUUAGUUAAGGCACUUGACAUAAAAAGUGCAGAUCCUGAAGUCAUGCUCAUGACUUUAGAUUUGUAUAAACAACUUAGUAACACUUGAGAACUUUAUAACCUCCUUAUUCUAUUUUAAGAUGCAACUGAAUAUAAAACAAUUUUUGUUUCCAUAAUUGGAUUCUUUGGGAGCAUGAAGCAUUUUUACUCAGAGCAAGAAAGAUCUCCAAAAGCAAGUCCUGUCUCUGAGCCUUGGCUCCUGUCCCCGUCCCUAAAUCUAUUCAGAUUUCUGACCACUAGGUUAACAUUUCUUAACUUGAAUAUUCUUACAUUUUUUUUCUUUUAAGAAUAUUCUGCAAACUUUCAUAACUUUGGUUUUUUUAAGUUUUACAUUUUCAAAAGAUGUUUUUGUAAAGUUACUAGCUACUAAUUUUACUGUGAAAGUGACCGUCUUGUCUGUCAGCUCAGAUAAGAAAAUUAAAGUUAUUUUUCUCAAA